AAGAUGGGAUCGGUGUUUAGGAUGGGAUGCGCUCUCAUUGUGUUGUUUAUCUUCGUACUCAUACCAGGAUGCAGAACUGAUAAAGAACACAUUACAGUGGCCGUGAUGCUGCCAGACAAUUUAAAGUAUCCGUGGGCAUUGCCGCGCGUCCUCCCCGCUAUCCGCAUGGCGCAAGAAAAAAUUCAGACCAGCAGACUUUUAAAGGGACACACCAUAAACCUCCUCAACUUCAGCACAGAGGAUUCGUCUGGUUCUUGUUCAGAAAACGUGGCUCAGAUUAUCGCCGUAGAUACAAAACUUUACAAUAACCCCGAUGCGUUCAUUGGACCGGGCUGCGCGUAUUCCGUCGCGUCCGUCGGACGGUUCGCAUCCCACUGGAAACUCCCGCUGAUAACUGCUGGAGGACUAGCGUAUGCUUUCGAUAAAAGGGAAGAGUUUAAAACUAUCGUCAGGACGGGUCCGACCACGACCAAACUCGGAGACUUUAUCAGUUACCUUCACGCGCAUUUUAACUGGACCAGUCGCGCGCUGUUGGUUUUUCACGACCUCAAACAAGACGAUCGGCCGCAUUACUUCCUCUCCGAGGGCAUUUACAUCACUCUGCGAGAUGAGAACAUCACGGUGGAGGCUUAUCCUUACGAUGAUCCCCAAACUUUAAAUUAUAAAGAAAUCAUCACAUUUAUUAAGGACAACGGGAGAAUUGUGUAUAUCUGCGGCCCACUACAGACGUUCUUCCAUAUAAUGAAGCUCUUUGAGGAUGAGGUGAACAACCCAGAGGACUUCGCCAUCUUCUACCUUGACGUGUUUGCUGAGAGUCUAAGUGGCGAUGCUUUAGUUCCCUGGCAGAGCUCAGAGAUCCAGUGGAAUGAUCCCAAAAAGUUAUUUCAGUCUGUGUUCAUUGUAACGUACCGGGAGCCAGACAGCUCUGAGUAUGCAGAUUUUCGAAAAGAUCUCCACAAGAGAGCAACACAGGACUUUAAUGUAAAACUGGAACCUUCAAUGAUGGAUUUUAUUGCUGGCUGUUUCCAUGACGGAUUUCUGCUAUAUGCACAAGCCCUCAGCGAAGCGAUAGCAGACGGCGUGUCUCAGAACGACGGAAUCAACAUCACUGUGAGAAUGCAAAACCGCACGAUCUGGGGGGUUACUGGACUUGUUAGCACAGACCGGAACAAUGCCAGAUACACAGACUUCAGCCUUUGGGGAAUGACUAACCUAAACACUGGACAAUAUGCAAUUGUUGGCCACUAUAAUGGAACCAGUAAAGAAAUCCUGUGGUCACCAACAGAGAAGAUUCAGUGGCCAAAGGGUUGUCCACCUCUGGACUACCCACCAUGUGGAUUUUCCCCAUGCAAGGAAGAUCACCUCCCAGUCCUUGGAAUUGUGGCAGUUGGGUCUGGACUGGCCCUCAUAAUAUUUGGAAUAUCCAGUUUUCUCAUCUACAGGAAACUGAAGCUGGAGAAGGAAUUGGCUGGGAUGCUAUGGAGGAUACGCUGGGAGGAACUGCAGUUUGAAAGUCCUAACAAAUUUCACAAACGUGCUGGCAGCCGUCUCACUCUCUCGCAGAGAGGUUCCAGCUAUGGCUCCUUGAUAACAGCUCAUGGAAAAUAUCAGCUAUUUGCAAAAACAGGCUAUUUUAAGGGCAACCUGGUGGCAAUCAAACAUGUGAACAAGAAGCGGAUCGAGUUGACCAGACAAGUGCUGUUUGAACUAAAGCAUAUGAGAGACGUGCAGUUCAACCAUCUGACAAGGUUUAUUGGUGCCUGCAUAGAUCCACCAAACAUCUGCAUUGUGACAGAGUAUUGUCCUAGGGGCAGUUUACAGGACAUUCUGGAAAAUGAGAGCAUCAACCUGGACUGGAUGUUCCGAUACUCGCUGAUAAAUGACAUUGUAAAGGGAAUGAAUUAUCUGCACAACAGCUACAUCGGCUCCCAUGGCGAUCUGAAGUCAUCCAAUUGUGUGGUGGAUAGCCGCUUCGUUUUGAAAAUCACUGAUUAUGGUCUGGCAAGCUUCCGUUCAUCCUGUGAAAACGAAGACUCGUAUGCACUGUAUGCAAAAAAGUUGUGGACGGCCCCUGAGUUGCUGAUAUAUGAUAGACAUCCGUCGCAAGGAACACAGAAGGGAGAUGUGUACAGUUUUGGCAUCAUACUUCAGGAGAUAGCUCUCAGGAAUGGCCCAUUUUACGUUGAAGGCAUGGAUCUUAGUCCCAAAGAGAUAAUCCAGAAGGUUCGGAAUGGUCAGAAACCGUACUUCAGGCCCACCACAGAUAACUCUCUACACUGUGAGGAAUUGACCAUCUUAAUGGAAGGUUGUUGGGCUGAAGACCCUGCCGAACGCCCAGAUUUCAGCCACAUCAAGAUCUAUAUUGCAAAACUUAACAAAGAAGGCAGCACCAGUAUUCUCAAUAACCUGCUGUCCAGAAUGGAACAAUAUGCCAAUAACCUGGAGAAUUUGGUAGAGGAGAGAACUCAAGCCUACCUCGAGGAGAAACGGAAAGCCGAAAACCUUCUUUACCAAAUCCUUCCACAUUCAGUGGCGGAUCAGCUCAAGCGAGGAGAGACUGUACAGGCAGAGGCCUUUGACAGCGUCACCAUCUACUUCAGUGACAUUGUGGGCUUUACAUCAAUGUCUGCUGAGAGUACACCUUUACAGGUGGUGACAUUGCUAAAUGAUCUCUACACCUGUUUCGAUGCCAUCAUUGACAAUUUUGAUGUAUAUAAGGUGGAGACCAUAGGUGAUGCGUACAUGGUGGUGUCGGGUUUGCCUGUGCACAAUGGGAAACUACAUGCACGUGAGAUAGCCAGCAUGUCACUGGCUUUACUGGAAGAGGUUAAAACCUUCAAAAUCAGACACAGACCGAACGAUCAACUACGAUUACGGAUAGGAAUCCACACAGGGACUGUCUGUGCUGGUGUAGUAGGUCUGAAGAUGCCUCGGUACUGUUUAUUUGGAGAUACUGUCAACACAGCAUCUCGCAUGGAGUCUACAGGGGAAGCUCUGAGGAUACAUGUGUCCUCAGCCACCAAAGAGGUGUUGGAUGAAUUUGGCUACUUCGACCUCCAGCUGCGAGGAGAUGUGGAGAUGAAGGGUAAAGGCAAAAUGAGAACAUAUUGGCUUCUAGGAGAGAAGACAGAUGUCUAUGUUAUCUGAGAGCACUGCUGAUGACAGGAAGUGACCACGCUAAGAGCCACUGCUUCAUAUAUUUGUUCUGUGUUUGAAAGGGUGUUUCCCACUCUCACAUGGAACAGCACAUUAUAAUACCUUUUGAGGGAGGUCAAUUCAGGUAUAUUUCAUACCUGCUUAAACUGCAAAAAUUGUAAAGUGUUUUUUAUAGUGAAGUUCUCUUGUGCUUAGAGUUAAGUACGUCUUUCCAGGUGAAAUUCCUAUUUUUAUGUGCUUUCUAUAUUCAGAUUUAUAUGCCGUGUUUUGGAAAUCGGUGACGUGUACUUGAUAUUUCCUCAAAAGGAGAGCGCCGAGUGAAAUGUUUUCUUGGGCGCAAAGUGAAGUUAUAUCGUAAUGUAAUAUUUGUAUAUAUGUAUAUCCAAGACAAUGUAAGAUAUUUUGUUCAAUAAACUGAAUUAA